AUGUCGGGAACGGUAAUUCGCGUUGAACCGCUUAAUGCGGAAAACUACGAUACAUGGAAGCUCCAAAUGAAAGCUAUUCUCGUGAAAAACGAUUUAUGGUCAUAUAUCGAAGGUACUGCGUCGUGUCCAACGGGCGAAGGGGCUGCAAAAUGGAUCAGCUUUUAUCAGAAAGCGUGUGCUGAUAUAAUGCUAUCAGUAAGUGCAUCAGAAUUAAGAUUAAUUGCAGAAUGCACAAACUCAAAGGAAAUAUGGAUAAACCUACAAGCCACAUAUUCAUCAAAAGGGCCUGCGCGCAAGGCGACGUUGCUGAAAAAGGUUGCACAUUCGCGCAUGAAAGAGGGUGAGAAGGUUCGAGAACAUCUAAACGAUUUCUUCGAAGCCGUUGUGAAAUUAAAAGAAAUUGACGUCACCAUCGGGGAUGAGCUUCUUGCUAUCCUGCUCUUAUACAGUCUACCCGACUCUUUCAACACUUUCAGCUCAAUAAAAGAAAAUUAUUGGUGCCUAGAUAGUGGAUGUACUGCCCAUUUAAGUGCAAACCGUGAAUAUUUUACAGACUUUCAAAAAUCGAAUAAAGUGCUUAACUUAGCAAACGAUAACACAACAAAUAUAAACGGCGUCGAUAAAAUGAAAAUAACUGUAGACGUAGACGGUCGUGAUAAUAAUAUUGAUCUUAAAGAAGUCCUAUAUGUCGAAGACUUGCGUACAAGUCUACUUUCUGUAUCAAGAAUAGUAGACAGCAGAUAUGAAGUGCAUUUUCGCCCUUCACAUGCAAUCGUAUUGGAUAAAUAUCAGAAGGUUUUAAAUCGAGCGAAAAGAUGUGGAAAUCUUUUUAUUGCUGAAAAUAAAAAUCAUUUUGCACAAGUUGCUGAAGAAAAAUGUGACAUUGAAAAGUGGCACCAGAAAAUGGGCCACAUAAAUGAAAAUGAUCUUAAAAAAUUGGCUAGUAAUAACCUACAAUACAAAAGAGCAGUAGAAACAUUUACGGGUAAACGAAUUAAUGCUUUACAAUCAGUCAAUGGUAGAGAAUACGUUAAUUCUGAAUUUAUUUUAUUCUUGAGGAAAUUUGGUAUACAAAGACGCUUAACUGCUCCAUAUACGCCGGAGCAAAAUGGUAUUGCUGAACGUAAAAACAGAACUCUAGUUGAAAUGGCCCGUUGCAUGAUGAAACAAGCUGAAGUUCCGCCAAACUUUUGGAAACCGUCGGUCAAUCCGAAAAUUGUAGAAAAUACAGAUACGCGAGCAGAAAACUCCAUUCGUAGAAGAGGUCGUCCGAGACUUAUUCGCACAAAUUCACGCGGUAGGCCUCGAAAAGAAUAUCACACGUCAAAUCGGAAUGGUGAAGAAUCAUCCAACGAAGACGAAAAUACAAGUUCAGUAAGAAAAAUUACUGAUGAAAACCAAUUAGAUGAUGAACCUGACAACAACGUUUUUGAAGAUUGUGAAAUGGCGUUUCUCACUACAUAUCAAACUCCAGUAACGAUUUUAGAGGCACAUGAAAGCGAUGAAACAAAUUCCUGGUCAAAGGCGCUAGAAGACGAAAUGGUGGCACAACUAAAGAAUAAAACAUGGGAAGUGGUCGAAAGACCGAAAUUACGAUAA